UGGUUAUAGGGAGAGAGGAAAGUUCAGUUUGGUUUCUUGUUCCUGAUUCCAGCGAUGGCGGCUGCUGAUCUGAGAGCCGAGCUGAGCUGCUCCAUCUGUCUGAGCAUUUAUACUGAUCCGGUAUCCCUGCCCUGUGGCCAUAACUUCUGCCGGGGCUGCAUUGGGAAAACAUGGGACUCACAGAGGAGCAUAGGGGAAAAUCCUUCCUGCCCUGAAUGUAGAGAGAGAUUUAAAAGGAAACCUGAACUGGCAACAGACUGGAAGCUGCGUGGCAUGGUGGAGCGGUUCCGUCCGACUGAGACAGAGCCGGGGGAGACUGGGAUCUUCUGCACUUACUGUCUCCUCUCUCCUGUACCUGCUGCUAAAUCCUGUCUCCUGUGUGAGGCUUCUCUGUGUGAUACCCACCUGAGGGGGCACUGCCAGUCAGCAGAACAUGUACUCACUGAGCCCACCGCUUCCUUUAUGGGGAGAAAAUGUUCUGUACAUCACAAGGUUCUGGAGUAUCACUGCUAUGAGGACUCUGCCUGUAUCUGUGUAUAUUGCUGCCUGGCCAGGGAGCACCGGGGCCACAGGGUGGAGCUGCUGAGUGAGGCCUCUGAGAAGAAGAAAGAGAAACUAAGGAAAGUUCUAGAGAAACUGAGCCCAGAGAGAGAGGAGACUGAGAGAGGAGCCCAGAGGCUGCAGGAGCGCAGGAGAGAAGUGGCAGAAGUGGCAGCCGGUGAGACAGAGAGAGUCACUGCCCUGUUUAGGGGCAUCAGGGAAGAGCUGGAAGCCCUAGAGAAGCGACUCCUGAGUGACAUCUCCAGGCAGAAAGAGGAGCUCACACUCACACUCACUGAGCUGAUCCAACAGCUGGAAAUAAAGAAGGACGAGCUGUCCAGGAAGAUCCGGCACAUUGAGGAGCUGUGCAACAUGGCAGAUCCACUCUCUGUCCUACAGGAACAAUGGGAAUCCCAUGGAGCUGCCUUUUGUGGGGCUGAGGGGGCA